UGGUUAAAUAAAGUGACAUACGAGAUCUAUGUUCAGUCGAGAAAGAAACUUCAAUGUGAUAUCAUUCUUUCUUUCUCUCUCUCUCUCUCUCCCUCUCUUUUCAUUUUUCGAUUUAACGAAAUUAGUUAUUGAAAAUAUAAGCAAUAAUGGAACGCUGGGCUGGUAAAAUAGCUGUAGUUACUGGUGCUUCCAGUGGAAUGGGAUUAGCAAUAGCGAAAGCUCUUGUACAAAAUGAAGUAAUCGUGAUCGGAUUUGCUAGAAGAAAAAGUAAAAUGCAGAACGAGAUGCAGAAUGUUAAGGCAAAAGGUAAAGGAAAGUUCUAUGCAUGCGAGUGUGAUGUCACCAAGCCCGAAAGUAUCGAACAAGCCUUCCAAUGGGUUAAAAAUACUUUUGGAAUAGUUCAUAUCCUUGUGAAUAAUGCUGGGGUCUCGACAAAUGCCAAAUUUAUGGAUUCAUCUAGAUCUGAUUGGAAAAGAUUAUUUGAUGUGAAUGUAUUAGGAUAUAUCGAUUGUACUAAACGUGCCGCUAGAAUAAUGUUAGAUUCUGAUGUGGAAGGUUACAUUAUUAACAUGAACAGUAUCGCAGGACACUAUCUAGAUACUUUCCCAGAUUGUAGUCUUAACUUUUACCCAGCAUCCAAAUUUGCUUCCGUUGCUGCUACUGAGAUCACACAAAAGGAAUUACAUGGUAGUAAAAUUCGUGUAACGAGUAUCAGUCCAGGAUUAGUAUCUACAGAAAUCUUUGAUGCCAAUAACUUUAAUGUAAAAUCUCUCAUGGAUUUACCAGCAUUGGAAGCUGAAGACAUCGCAAAUGCUGUUAUUUAUGUAAUUGGAACUCCGCAACGCGUUCAUAUUACUGAAUUGAUUAUUAGACCUCUUGGAGAAGUUCAAUAUUAGUGCUAAACAUGAACAAGUAUAAUAUUUUUAAUAAGUAUUAUAUUAUUAUUAUUUUCGUAAGAAUACAAUAAUAGUAUAUUUUUAGUAAUGUAAAAAUUGAUUAAAAAUUGUGUUAAAAAUUAAGUUUUUCGACUAUUAACUACAUUGUAUAGCAAUAUUGGUACUACUAUUUAUUUUCAAAGAAAUGUUCGUAAGGUAGAGAGCAUUAUUCCAGUUGUAGAGAAUUUACGAGCAAUUGUGUACUAAAAUUAUUAAUUUUUAUUUAGGAUAUCGUCAAUUGUGUGUCGUAUAAAUACACAUAUGACAUUGUAUGUCGAAUAAAUAACAUAAAACAUGAUUAUUAA